AUGACUCUCUUUAGAACGUAUAGUUAUGCAAGAACUCCGAGACCGUAUCAGGUCAACAAACCAAAUUUUGCUUUUGUUAGACCGAGAUCCCGUGCUUUGUCCACCACUGUGACCCAACAACUACCAACUUCUACGGCAAGACUAAAAAAUUUUGUUAUCGGAACUGUCAGCAUUGUAUUGGGAGUUACUUUUUUAGAAUAUUAUUUUGAUUCAAGAGCUGCUAUUCAUAAAUAUUUUAUUACACCUGUUCUGAGAACUGUAACUGAUGCCGAGACGAGCCAUAAAUUUGCUAUAUGGGUGGCAAAGUGGGGCUUUUGUGCAAAAGACAGACUUCCGGAUGACGAAAAAUUAGCAGUUAGAGCAUGGGGAAAAAAGUUAUCUAAUCCUGUCGGUUUAGCUGCUGGAUUCGAUAAACAUGGUGAAGCCAUCGAUAGUCUUUUUGAUCUUGGAUUUGGUUAUGUAGAGAUCGGAAGUGUUACUCCUGAACCUCAGCCUGGGAAUCCUCAACCACGUAUGUUUCGCCUUCAUGACGACAAAGCGGUAAUAAAUCGAUACGGAUUUAAUUCAGUCGGUCACAAGGGAGUAGAACUUCGACUCCGUGAUCGCCUUCGGCGUUAUCUUUAUCACUCGGCAAAACUUCAUCCUAAGAUCACUGCCUCUCUUCUAGCAUCAUCUCCAGACGGUGCCUCAUUGUCUGAUGCUUUAGGAAUUAAUAGAAGUUUAAAGGAUGAUAAAUUGCUAGGCAUAAAUCUAGGGAAAAAUAAAUCAAGUGAUCCUGAAUCAGUAGACGAUUAUGUUAAAGGGGUAAAAUCGUUAGGACCUUAUGCUGACGUAUUAGUUGUUAAUGUGAGUAGUCCAAAUACUCCAGGAUUAAGAGGACUGCAAAGGAAAGAUAUCUUCGAGAAGCUAUUAAAUGAGGUUAUAAUUGCACGUAAUUCGUUGAGCGGUCCACAUCCGGCCCUUUUGGUUAAAAUCGCACCUGACCUUUCUGAUGAUGAGUUAGAUGAUAUUGCUGAUGCUGCUAUGAAGAGCGGUGUGGAUGGUAUAAUUGUGUCUAAUACAACAAUUUCUAGACCAAACUCAUUAUAUAGCGAUUCAUCAUUGGUUUCCGAAACCGGUGGUCUUUCCGGACCUCCUGUUAAACCUUUAGCACUUAGAGCUUUACGAAAAAUUUAUCAACGUACAAAUGGUGAGCUGACUCUUGUAGGUUGUGGAGGAAUUUCUGAUGCUAAAGACGCUCUAGAAUAUGCACGCGCUGGGGCGACAUUAGUACAGCUUUAUACCAGCCUUGCAUAUGAUGGUGUAGGCAAAGCAAGAGAGAUCAAAGAUGGAAUCCUCAGUGAAUUGAAGGAUAAAAAAUGGACUGACGUUGUUGGAGAACAAUGGAAAAAAUGA